AUGACUGAUUUUGUUGAAGAACCAUUUACAAUUAUUUCAUCACAUUAUCAACAUAAAUUGUCAUGUAUUUUUCAUCGAAAACGUUUUCCUUAUAUUGAUGAUCAAAAUAGAGAACAUGUAGUUAUUAUAUGUCAUGGUUAUAUGUCACAUAAAAAUGCACUUUUUCUUCCGCAAUUAUCUCGUAAUAUAUCAAAUUCAGAUACAAAUCAAUUUCAUUCAGUUCGCUUUGAUUUUCAUGGUUGUGGUGAAUCAACUGGACGCGAUGAAUGGGACUAUGGAGGAUAUGAAGAUGAAGCUAAAGAUGAUCUAAGAUGUGUUGUGGAAUAUUUACGUAAUAGAAAUGAUAAAUAUUUUAUUCGAGGUCUUAUAGGACAUUCACGAGCUGGAACGACGGCUUUACUUUAUGCUCUAUAUUAUGAUGAUAUACCAAUUAUUGUCAAUAUAGCUGGACGUUAUCGACUUGAACGUGGUAUAAAUGAACGGUUUUCUAAACAGCAGUUAGAUAAACUUGAAAAAAAUGGUUCAUUUAUAAUAUGUACCCGUGAUGAUGGAAAUUUUCGUAUAACAAGAGAAGCAAUAGAACGUCGAAAAAGUCUUGAUUUAAGUCAAAUUGAAAAAAUUCGUCAUGCAAAAGUUUUGAGUAUUUGGGGUGAUCAAGAUAAUGUUGUUCCCGGUGAUGAUAUAUAUUUAUAUAAUGAGCAAUUAAAAAAUACAAAAAAGAACGAAAUGAUCAUUGUAUCAGAUGCUAAUCAUUGUUUUAUAGGCAAAGAAAGAGAAUUAAUUAAUAUAAUCCAACAAUGGAUUCAGCAAUCAAUUGAAUGA